AUGGAGCGCAAUAUCGAUAUUUACGCUAGCAAGUUGGGCGACGAGAAGCUGGUUUGCGACAAUAUUAACCAGCUUCACCUCUCCGCAGACAUCAAAGUUCGAGCCAAUGUCGCAACCGAGCUAAGAGACAGCAUUGAGCCGCUUUGCCAGGGUGCUAGCUACCCUGUCUUCCUGGCGAAGCUAUGGCCCGUCUUUAAGACUAUUCUCAAAGGGGAGCCGGUAUUCUUUAGCAUGUCAUACGAGCAGAAACUUCGAAACUGCAUACUCGAGACACUGCAUCGGUUACCGACAGCCUCUCCCGAUGUCGAACCAUACGCCGCGGACAUGGUGGAUGUGCUGAUGGAGCUUGCGCGCAUCGAGAACGAAGAAAAUGCCGUUCUCUGCAUGAAGACCAUCAUGGACCUGGAGCGGAAUCAGGCAAAGGCUACCGCGGCACGGGUCCAGCCUUUCCUGGAGCUCAUCCAGGAGAUGUUCCAGACGAUGGAUCAGGUAGUCCGGGAUACCUUUGACACUCCUAAUCAAGCUACACCAUCAGGCAUGCCUUCAACACCGAACACGAGCGCACAAAACUUCCAGUCUCCUCGACCGAAUUCCCCUGCUAAUUCCGUAUCAGAUCUCGGACCUGAUCAGCAGGCAAGCAAUGUGAUCUUGAAGGGAAUGCAGUCUUUCAAGGUUUUGGCUGAGUGUCCUAUCAUUGUGGUUUCAAUCUUCCAGACCCAUCGAAACUCGGUCGCCCAGAACGUGAAACUGUUUGUCCCGCUUAUCAAGUCAAUCUUGCUUCUGCAGGCCAAGCCACAAGAGAAGGCUCAUGCGGAAGCCGCUAGCCAGGGCACGAUAUUCACCGGAGUCUGCAAAGAGAUUAAGAAUCGUGCAGCAUUCGGCGAAUUCAUUACAGCCCAAGUGAAGACAAUGAGUUUCUUGGCCUACUUGCUUCGCCUCUACGCUCACCAACUCCAAGACUUCCUUCCCACGCUGCCAUCAGUUGUCGUUCGUCUUCUCCAAGAUUGCCCCCGAGAGAAGUCUGGUGCACGAAAAGAGCUGCUUGUUGCCAUUCGACACAUUAUCAACUUCAACUAUCGGAAGAUUUUCUUGGAAAAGAUUGACGAACUCCUCGAUGAACGUACUCUUAUCGGUGAUGGACUCACUGUCUACGAGACAAUGCGUCCCUUGGCGUAUAGUAUGCUCGCUGAUCUCAUCCACCAUGUUCGAGAGUACCUCAGCCGUGAUCAAAUCCGUCGCACAGUUGAAGUAUAUACCAAGAACCUUCACGAUGACUUCCCCGGCACAAGUUUCCAGACUAUGAGUGCCAAACUGCUUCUGAACAUGGCGGAGAAGAUCUCCAGGCUAGAGGACAAGCGCGAAGCACGCUAUUUCUUGAUCAUGAUUCUGGACGCGAUAGGUGACAAGUUUGCCUCCAUGAACCAUCAAUUCAACAAUGCCGUCAAGGUUUCCAAGGCCUACAAGGACUCCAGAAAGGACACGGAGCCGACUACAGAGAACUACCUUGCGGAGAAGGACCAACCGCCUGACUGGGACGAAAUUGACAUCUUCUCUGCCUCCCCGAUCAAGACUACCAGCCCUCGCGAUCGCGGCGGUGACCCUGUCUCGGACAAUAUCUUCCUGUUCAGGAAUCUGAUUAAUGGCCUGAAGAACAUUUUCCAUCAGUUGAAGAAUUGCAAUCCAGAUGACGUCCAAAUUGAUCCGAAUAGUGUUCCGAUCAACUGGUCUGAGGUCUCUUAUGGAUACAAUGCCGAGGAGGUUCGGGUGAUCAAGAAGCUCUUCCAUGAGGGUGCCCGUGUGUUCCGUUAUUAUGGUGUGGACCAGUCUCCCCCUGAUAUGAACUACACCUCUCCAUUCGAUUUCCUCGCGAGUCAAUACACCGCUCCUAUGUCACGAGAAGAGAAAGAGCUCCUGGAGAGCUUCGGUACUGUCUUCCACUGCAUUGAUACCGCGACAUUCCACGAGGUCUUCCAUUCCGAAAUCCCCUACCUGCACGAACUCAUGUUUGAGCACGGGGCUCUGCUUCACCUGCCACAAUUCUUCCUCGCCAGUGAAGCAACCUCGCCUGCAUUUUCAGGAAUGGUGUUGCAAUACCUGAUGGAGCGUAUUCACGAGGUUGGAACUUCGGAUAUGACCAAAGCGAAGAUUCUGCUUAGGAUGUUCAAGCUGUCGUUCAUGGCUGUAACCCUGUUCUCCGUCCAGAAUGAGCAGGUCCUCCACCCCCAUGUGACGAAGAUUGUCACCAAGUGUAUCGAGCUGUCAGUCACAGCCGAGGAGCCGAUGAACUAUUUCCUCCUCCUGCGUUCACUGUUCCGUAGUAUUGGCGGUGGACGCUUUGAGCUUCUCUACAAGGAGAUUCUUCCCCUUUUGGAAAUGCUCCUGGAAACGUUCAAUAAUUUGCUCCUCGCUGCUCGCAAGCCCCAGGAGCGGGACCUCUAUGUCGAGUUGACCUUGACCGUUCCCGCGCGGUUGAGCCAUCUUUUGCCUCACCUGAGCUACCUCAUGCGACCGAUUGUGGUGGCUUUGCGUGCUGAUUCUGAUCUUGUGGGGCAAGGUCUCCGCACACUCGAACUUUGCGUGGAUAACCUGACGGCAGACUAUCUCGACCCGAUCAUGGCUCCCAUCAUGGAUGAGCUGAUGACUGCGCUUUGGGAUCAUCUCCGACCUCACCCGUACAACCACUUCCAUGCACACACUACGAUGCGCAUUCUUGGCAAGCUGGGUGGUCGCAACCGCAAGUUCUUGAACCAUCCCCCUGAGCUGUCCUUCCAGCAGUACUCCGAUGACAACCCGAGUUUCGACAUUCGACUCAUUGGCCCAAGCGAGAAGCGGCCUUUCCCUGUGGACAUUGGCAUUGAUCUGGCCAUUGGUAAGCUUAUGGAGGUUGCCAAAACUCCAACGAACCAGGCUUCGGAUAUCUACUACAAGCAGCAAGCAUACCGUAUGCUGAGCUCGCACCUCAAACUCCAAAUUGGAUUUGAGAAUCUUCCCGAUGAUCUGGCCUCCCUGAUCCGCCUUCAUGCCAACGAUCUGUUUGAGGGUAAAGCCGGUGCCAUGAUUGACAUCCUGGAGAAGUCUGAGAGAUCAGCAUCGAUCCCGAAGAAGGUGGCGCAGGAAGCCACCGUCAAGAAGCUUCUCAAGGCGUGUAUCUUUGCCACCACUGUCUCCGAACUGGAGCCAGGUGCCUCUGCUUUCGUCGCUGAUUUCUGCAAGCACUUUGCCAUCGUUGAGGUCGGCAGAGCUCUUGCCCAAGCUCGCCACAGCCGGAAGCCUUUCGAUGUCGCAAACGGAGAAGGCCCUGUUUACCUCGACUCUCGAGUUCUGGCCGAAGCGAUCGUCGAAUGUCUCUCGUCUGACAGCGCUCAAGUUCGCGAGGCCGCGGAGCAGGCGAUGCUGGUUGUCAAAGAAGCCGCUGGAGUCAUGUUCGGGGCCCCGGAAAAGGCGUCUAAGCUUCCAUUCUUCCAACAUCUGGGCCGUGUGUUCUGUCACAGCUGCCACAGCGAAGAGUGGUUCAUCAAAGCCGGUGGAAGCUUGGGUAUCAAACUCCUGGCUACUAAGAUGGACCUCGGAGACUCAUGGUUGUAUGAGCGACACGUUGAAUUUUCUCGUGCACUCCUCUACGUCAUCAAAGACACGCCCGCCGACCUUCCUGCCUCCACGCGGGUCCAGUCGCAGGAGACCAUGACCUUGAUCCUGCAGCGCUGCGGCAAACUCAUUCCCAAGGACGAUCUCAAGAACGAGAAGAGCCGUUUGUUCUCCCUGUGCGGUCUCUUUGUGUACGAGCUUGGCCACAUGAACAAGCAUGUUCGCGAGACGUCAAAGCUUUGCUUCGCUACUCUAAAGGAGGAGCUUGGCUGCGAGGUCCACGAGCUCAUCCAUCCGGUUAGGGAUCGCCUUCUUCAGUCAAUCUUCAACAAACCUUUGCGGGCCUUGCCCUUUGCCACGCAGAUUGGUUUCAUUGAUGCUAUCACCUACUGCUUGAGCCUGCAGAAUGAGAUUGUUAGCUUCAACGAGCCGCUGAAUCGUCUGAUGCUGGAGUCCCUCGCUCUUGCCGACGCCGAUGAUGACUCGCUUGCAUCCAAGCCAAAUGAGUUCAAGAAUGCGGACAUGAUUGUGAACCUGCGCGUGGCUUGCUUGCGUCUACUGUCCAUGGCAAUGAACUUCCCCGACUUCGCAAACACUCCACAGAACACUAGCCGUGCUCGAAUCAUCUCGGUCUUUUUCAAGUCUCUCUACUCGCGAGCCCCCGAGGUCAUCGAGGCUGCAAAUGCUGGUUUGAAGGAUGUGUUGACCCAGACCAAUAAGCUUCCAAAAGACUUGCUCCAGAAUGGUCUGCGCCCUAUCCUGAUGAAUCUGCAGGAUCCCAAGCGUCUCAGCGUUGCUGGCCUAGAUGGUCUGGCUCGCCUCUUGACCCUCUUGACCAAUUAUUUCAAGGUCGAGAUCGGUGCCCGCCUUUUGGAUCACAUGAAGGUCAUUGCCGACGAUAUGACCUUGCAAAAAGUGUCCUUUAGCCUGGUUGAGCAGAACCCUGCUAUGAAGAUUGUGGCCGCAAUCUUUAAUAUUUUCCACCUCCUUCCCCCGGCUGCCACAUCGUUCAUGGAGAAUCUCAUCGACAAGGUUCUUGAUCUGGAGAAGAAGUUGCGAAGAACAUCCCACAGUCCAUUCCGCAAGCCUCUUGUCAAGUAUCUCAACCGAUACCCCAAGGAGAGCUUGGCAUUCUUCGUUGCCCGCCUCAAAGAGGAGAGCUAUGGACGCUUCUUUGGACAGAUUUUGGCUGAUCCCGAGAGUGACGCUCUUCGCAAUGCCGUGGUGGCUGAUACUGAGAACUUUACCUCUGCCGCCUUUGGGCUAGACGCUACGGAUGAGAAGAGAAACACUGCUGCCAUUAAUGGUAUUUACAUUGCCCACUCCAUCUGCUCAUAUAGCUCUACUAAGCGUUGGCUGGUUUCCCACGCGGAUUUGCGGAGCAAGCUCCUGAGCUCCGGCCGAGAGCUGGAGCGCAAGUUGCGCGGCGAUAGCUUGCCACCUGAUGAGCGCCUUCGUGUCGAGCAGGCCGAAGAUCAGUUGAUGGAUAUUUUUACCAUAUACUUGGCGGAAGCUUCGCAUGACUUGGACUUCCUCUUUGAAGUCAUUGACGGAUUGUCUGCCGACGAGUUCAAGCGAACGCUGGCCCUCCCCAAGUUUAUUUAUCAUCACAUCAUCGUGAACGAAUCGAUUGACUACCGCCGGUCUGUGAUCAUGCGCUGUCUCGACCUUUACGGCCAGCGUGCAUGCUCCCAAAAGACUAAGACCUACGCCUUCCGACACCUGGUCAACCCAAUCUUUGCCAUGGAUGUUCAGACUACGUGGAACAGCCCCGCCAACACUCCAAAGUUGAUGGACAAGAGCAUGACCGAGUCUAUCCAGAGUCGCCUGUGGAAGCCCCAGCUGGCCGAUUUGAGCGAGGAGUCGAGCCAGGCUGGUGUUGAUCAUUCCCGCAUGGAGCUGCUGCAGUUGUCUGCUCUGUUGAUCAAGUACCAUCACCAAACGGUGCAGGACUCUCGCAAGGACAUCAUCAAGUUUGCCUGGAAUUACAUCCGUCUCGAGGAUAUCAUCAAUAAGUAUGGUGCUUAUGUGUUGAUCAGUUACUUCAUUGCCCAUUACGAGACGCCUUUCAAGAUUGUGAUCCAGGUCUAUGUUGCAUUGCUGAGAGCGCACCAGAAUGAAGGCCGAGCUCUUGUCACGCAGGCUCUUGAUGUUUUGGCCCCGGUCCUACCAACUCGGACUGCGGGUACCCAAGGCCCCGAGGCACGAUACCCGCUUUGGGCCAAAUGGCCGCGGCGUAUCCUGGCCGAGGAGACUGCCAACUUGCAGCAGGUGAUGAGCAUUUUCCAGUUCUUGGUGCGACAGCCCGAUCUUUUCUACGAAUCGCGGGAACACUUUGUGCCUCUCAUCGUCCCUUCCUUGAUCAAGAUUGCCGGGCCACCCAACACAUCUAAUGACAGCAAGAAGCUGGCUCUCAAUCUGAUUGGCUUAAUCUGGCUCUGGGAAGAGAAACGCGUGCAUGCGUCUGAAACGAGCCCUACCGUGCCCAACGGGGCUCUUGAGUCGCCGAAUGCAAGGAAGCGCAAGCUUGAGGACACUCAAGAGACGGCCUCCGCAUCUCCCUCACUCGGGCCACCUCCCAGUCGAGAACGGUCAGAGUACACGGUGCCUCCUGAACUUCGUGGUGCUCUGAUUAAGUACCUCAUCACCUUUAUCACCACCAUCGCUGAGCGCUUUGUUGUCCCAGCUGCCCAUCUUCGCACAUUGACCACCACCAAGCAGCCGCCUCCACCACAAGUGCCCACUGGUGAGAUGGUCAACAAGGCUGUCAGCCUUCUUCGGAAUCUGCUUUCGAAGGAAUACUGGGGAGACCUGGAUAUCGACCUUUAUCAAAAGGUAACUGAGCCUAUUCUGGCAGGUGAGAAGGCGGACAAACCCGAUGAGAAGCAGAUCACCCCUAUGGUCAACGCCCUGCAAGUCUUGCGCGUUCUCAUCGCGUCCAAGCCUGAUGAGUGGAUUACGGCUCGCCUUGCAACCAUCCAGAAGCUCCUUGAGAAGCCUCUCAAGUCUGACAACCCAGAGAUUCAGGAUUGUUUGCAUGGCCUGGAAGAUGACAUGGAGAUCUCUCCUAAACUGCCGCCCCCGGUUCGCCGUGUUCUCGAGGCUAUCCCAGAUGACCAACCUGACGAUGAGGAUGCUAUGGAUACUGAGAGCACGCCGUCAGAGUUUGCUACAUACUUGUCUGCUAUUGCCACCGAGACGCUAUCGGCUAGCAACUACACAGCUGCCUUGAACACACUGUGGACUCUGUCCAAGCUUAAGCCUGCCGAAAUCGACACGCAUAUUCCUGCUGUCAUGAAGGCUUUCUCGCAGAAGCUUGCCAAGGAACAUGUCGCAGCAUCUACCAAUCACAAUGGCCAGCAGCCUCCACAGGGUCAGAAGCCCGCCGAAGGAGUCCCUGACGAGCAAGAACUCCAGUUGGGCGUCGACCUCAUCUUUAAGACCAUCGAACUCAUCUCCGUUCGGAUGUCUCAUCUUGGCGACCAGCGUCGCCCGUUCCUCAGCGUGCUGGCUUCAAUCGUUGAGCGAUCCCAGGAUCCCAAGUUGUGCAGCAAAGUCCUGGGCAUGGCCGAGGAGUGGAUCUUCCACUCAACCGAGUCAUGGCCAACCCUCAAGGAGAAAACGGCGGUGUUGCACAAGAUGUUGCUCUUCGAGUCUCGCUCUGAUCAGACCAUGCUCAAGAAAUUCCUUGAUCUCGUCAUUCGGAUCUACGAGGACUCCAAGAUUACUCGUACUGAGCUGACCGUCAGAUUGGAGCAUGCUUUCUUGAUCGGUACUCGAGCUCAAGACGUGGAGAUGCGCAACCGCUUCAUGAGCAUCUUCGAUAAGAGUUUGACUCGUCUUGCGAGCUCCCGAUUGAGCUAUGUGCUGACUUGCCAGAAUUGGGAUACCCUUGCCGAUUCCUUCUGGUUGGCCCAAGCCUCUCACCUGAUCCUUGGCUCUGUCGAUAUGAACACCACGGCUCGACUCCGUCAAGACGACUUCACGGUGUUCCCCGUGUCAUUCCUUUUCGCGGGUGGUGAAAAGGACUCGAGGAAGGCCGACGUCAUAGUGGACAGUCAGCUGGAGAAUUUCGUUGCUGAACGCAGACGGUUCAUGUCUGACAUUGGCGACGUCCGGGUUCGUGAUUUGAUCGAGCCACUUUCUCAGCUCCAGCAUACCGACUCGCAGGUGGCAUACAAGCUGUGGACCACGUUGUUCCCUAUUUACUGGUCCACCUUGACCAAGGAUGAUCGGAUUGAUCUUGAGAAGGGCAUGGUUACCCUGUUGACACGGGAAUACCACCAGCGCCAAUUGGACAAGCGGCCGAACGUUGUUCAAGCUCUUCUCGAAGGUGUCGUGCGUGCCAGCCCACGCUUCAAGGUUCCUCCCCAUGUCAUGAAGUACCUUAGCCGGACCUACGAUGCCUGGUACACCGCUGCAACCUACCUGGAGGAAAGCGCCAUCAAGCCAAUCAUCGACACCCCCACCGUUCGGGAGAGCAACCUCGAUGCUUUGGUCGAAGUCUAUGCUGGUCUCCAGGAAGACGACUUCUUCUAUGGCACAUGGCGCCGUCGUUGCAAGUUUGUCGAAACCAAUGCAGCUCUCUCCUACGAGCAACAAGGCAUGUGGGAUAAGUCUCAGCAACUGUACGAGAAUGCGCAAAUCAAGGCACGUUCCGGCGCAAUGCCGUUCUCACAGGGCGAGUACUUUGUGUGGGAAGAUCAUUGGUUGAUCUGCGCCCAGAAGCUUCAGCAGUGGGAGAUCUUGAGUGAUUUCGCUAAGCACGAGAACUUGAAUGAUCUUCUACUGGAGGCUGCCUGGAGGAACAUUGAGAACUGGCAGAGCGAAGGCACUCGCGAGCAACUCGAGUCAUUGAUCAAGUCUGUUUCCGAUGCCCCCACUCCACGACGCACGUUCUUCCAAGCUUUCAUGGCGCUUCUUCAGUACCAUAUGAAGAAGGAGAAUAUGCAAGACUUCAACAGUGUCUGCGACGAGUCCAUUCAACUCUCUAUCCGCAAAUGGCUUCAACUGCCCAAGCGCAUCACCAAUGCUCAUAUCCCCAUCUUGCAGCACUUCCAACUGCUGGUUGAGCUGCACGAUGCCAGCCACAUUUGCGGUAGCUUGGCUCAGACUAACGAGCGCAAUUUGGACACCAAGUCUGCUGAGUUGAAGCUUCUUCUUGGAACCUGGCGGGACCGAUUGCCAAACCUGUGGGAUGAUAUCAACACCUGGCAGGACCUUGUCACCUGGCGACAGCACAUCUUCCAGCUUAUCAACCAGACGUACCUUAGUCUACUUCCGCCCCAGACUAACAACGUGGCUAGCAACUCUUACGCCUACCGUGGAUACCACGAGACAGCUUGGAUCAUCAACCGCUUUGCCCACGUUGCUCGCAAACACCAGAUGCCCGAAGUCUGCAUCAACCAACUCAGCCGUAUCUACACGCUGCCCAACAUCGAGAUCCAAGAGGCAUUCCUUAAACUUCGGGAGCAGGCUAAGUGCCACUACCAGAACCCCAAGGAACUCAACAGUGGACUGGAUGUCAUUAACAACACAAACUUGAACUACUUCGGACCCCAGCAGAAGGCCGAGUUCUACACUCUCAAGGGCAUGUUCCUUGCGAAGCUCGACCACGUUAAUGAGGCCAAUGAGGCUUUCGGAGUUGCUCUUUACUACGACCUCCGACUCGCCAAGGCCUGGUCCGAAUGGGGACAGUACAGCGAUCAGCGGUUUAAGUCUGACCCGUCAGACUAUGAGUUGGCCAGCAAUGCCGUCAGCUGUUAUCUGGAAGCAGCUGGUCUCUACAAGAGUGCCAAAUCGCGGAAGCUGCUGAGCCGUAUCCUUUGGCUUCUGAGCCUGGACAAUGAUGAAGGACAGAUCGCUGCCGCCUUUGAGAACUUCAAGGGUGACACUCCUGUAUGGUACUGGAUUACCUUUAUCCCUCAACUGCUCACUAGUCUGUCGCAUCGUGAAGCUCGCCUCUGCAAGGCUGUGUUGGUGAAGAUUGCCAAGCUUUACCCACAGGCUCUGUUCUUCCUCCUUCGAACGAACCGGGAGGACAUGCUGAGCAUCAAGAAGCAGCAUGACCAGAAGCAAGAAAAGUUGAACAAGGUCAGACAAGCACAACAACAGCAGCAAGGAUCUUCACCCAACCCCAAGGCAUCAACGAGUGGUGACACAUCCUCGCCUGCGCAGAAGCCCCCAGGUGCUGCUCCAGGCGCGAGCGCCUCUCCCGCUGGUCAGGCCGCGAACUUGCCCACAGCUCAAUCCCCGGCUCAACCGACGCAAAGCCAGUCUCCCGCUCAGCCGGCGAACCCACCGGUCCAGGCAUCGCCGCGCCAGGGCCAGGGUCAAAGUCCCAACCCAGGCCAGCCGCAAGCCCAUCUUCAAGUACCGGGCCAGACUGGAACUGUCCCGCCGAACCAAGGUGCCACUCCCGCGGACUCUACCGAGAAGGAGCCUCUCAGAAAGCCUUGGGAGUACUCCGAUGAGAUCAUGUCUGGUCUGAAGACUGCAUUCCCACUGCUUGCACUCUCCAUGGAAACGAUGGUUGACCAGAUCCACAAGAACUUCAAGUGUCCGCCUGACGAGGAUGCUUAUCGUCUCAUCGUUGCACUCCUGAACGAUGGAUUGGCCUACGUGGGACGUAUGCCUGGCUCCUAUGCGCAGGACUUCAAGCUCCCUCCUGCGACGGAGGCCAACAUUACCCGGUUCGCGGAGACUAUCCUCCCAGCGCACAUUCGCAAGUCCUUCGAGGCAGACUUUGUGGUUAAGAAGCCAACGAUGCACGAGUACAUUCAGAAGCUGCGCCGCUGGCGUGACAAGUUUGAGGAGAAGCUCGACCGUCGACCUCAGUCAGGCUUCCUUGAGAGCUACUCGCCGCAUCUCAGCGAGUUCCGUUUCCUCAAGUUUGAUGAAGUUGAAGUUCCUGGGCAGUAUCUCCUCCACAAAGACAAGAACCAGGACUUUGUUCGCAUCGAUCGUUUCCUGCCUGAUGUGGAUCUGGUACGGGGCAUUGGUGUUUGUCAUCGUCGCCUUAAGAUCCGUGGUCACGACGGUAGCACCCAAGCCUUUGCCGUGCAGCACCCUGCUGCGCGCCACUGCCGUCGUGAGGAACGCAUUCUUCAGCUGUUCCGCAUCUUCAACGGGCUGCUUGCCAAGCGCAAGGAAAGCCGGCGCCGCAAUCUGUACUUCCAUCUUCCUCUGAUGGUACCACUGGCACCGCACAUCCGUCUGGUUCGGGAUGACUCCUCGUAUAUCUCUAUGCAGGGCAUCUACGAGGACUACUGCCGACGAGUCGGUAUGAACAAGGAUGAGCCUGUUCUAUUCACCAUGGAUCGUAUGCGCUCUCUGGCAGAGACAAAGCAGAACCGCACGGCCGAUCAACAGCAGGUUCUUCGUACCGAGAUCUUGACCGCAAUUCAAGACAAAUGGGUUCCCAGCACGGUGGUAUUGGAGUACUUCCAGAACACAUACCCCAACUUUGCAGACUUCUGGCUGUUCCGUCGCCAGUUCGCCUACCAGUAUGCUGCGGUGGCCUUCAUGACCUACGUUAUGCACAUUGGCAACCGGUACCCGAACAAGAUCCUUGUGUCGCGCUCGACAGGUGACAUCUGGGGUGCAGAGUUGAUCCCUACCAUCAAUCCCGCCAAGGCAAUCUUCUACAACCCCGAGCAGGUGCCAUUCCGGUUCACUCCGAACAUUCAGACCCUGCUGGGCCCUAUUGCGACCGAGGGUCUGUUUGCCUGUGCUAUGAUGGCCAUUGCCCGCUGCUUGACGGAGCCUCGACACGAGCUGGAACAGCAGCUGAGCGUCUUUGUGCGUGACGAGAUGAUGUUCUGGGCCACUGCUCAGCACCGUGGUAACCUGGCUGUGCCCCAACUCCGUGAACUGGUCUAUAACAACAGCGAAAUUAUCGUCAACCGUGCUGUUAGCCUCGCCAGUCCACCCGAGGGUAACCUGCCUGCCAACCAGACUACAAUUGACUUGGUCUCUCGGGCCGUCAACCCGCAGCACUUGGCCUCGUGCGAUGCGUUGUGGAUGCCGUACCUCUAA